AUGUUCAAACACUGUUUAUCGCCGAGGUACCGGUACCUCCCACCAGAGGAUGCCCCAGCGCAAGGAAACACCCAAUUCCGCCGCUACGUUUCGCAAAUCGUGGGACUCUGGAGAGAGAUACUCAUCACCGGACUCUGCAUUCUAUCCGGAACUCUGCUGCUCGAACGUGCACAGGACCCUUUAAACUGGCGAGGGCUUGUCAAAUCUCAGGAGUAUCGUCUCACAUCCGACGACACCCGCUGGGUACAGUUCCAAUGGCAUAGCGAGGUCUACAGCUCUGGUGAUUUCGAGGGGGAAGAAAUCGCCAAUGCAGCCUGGGACAAAAUUGUGCCUGCUCACGGAAUCGUUGCGGUUCCGCAUGAAUGGGCCACACAGCAUAACUUGCCCGCAAGCAUGAGCCUAUUCUCGGAUCACUCUAAGGGUGUCUACAUUAUUGAUGCAUAUCAUCAAGUCCACUGCCUGACGGUCAUCCGCAGAACGUUCACCCAGUUGGCCAAGGGCGAAACUCCUAAGAUACCAAUCGGACACUCACGGCACUGCUUCGACAGCCUCUUGCAGUACAUUGUGUGCGGGAACUCGGGAGAUACGCUACUCUAUACAUGGGGACGCAAUGUUACAGGGGACCGACAACUGCGGAAAUGUAUUGACUGGAACAGUCGGAAGAAAUGGGCGAAGGAGAACACCGCCUGCUACGCGGACAGCGACCAUCCAGUGCGACUGGUAGAUCAUUUUGAUCACUGUGAGAAUGAUGAUGAUGGGAUUCAAUUAAUAGGUUGGUAG